AUGUCACUCCGCUCGUUUGACCCUUGGGACCUCCAACAAGAAGCAGUGGCUCUCGACAACCCUACAUCAGGGAAGAGGUUGGAAUUUAUCGAUCCUACACUGACUUGCCUCGGAUGUGAAUUAUCCUUCCCCUACCGAGAAUAUCUCUUCUACCAUCUCGCCAAAAACCCCAAUCACUAUCGAGAUCUCAUGCCCGGAGAGCAUCCGAUUAAUGAAGACCUUUCUGAACCCUUUGAAUUGAAAGCUUUCUAUGGCCGCCAACAAGAGAGGUUCAAGAGGUCUUGCAUGUUCUGUGACGACGACUUUGACAGCCGCGAUGCGCUAUUCGAGCACCUUGAAGAAUAUGGGCACGCUAUGGACAGAGAAACGCGCCGGCGCGCACCCGGGUAUAAGCGGCCAGAGAUCUGCAAGAAGCGGGAUAGAAGCGAACAUCCUCACAGAAAAGCGAAGAAGACGAUAGCAAAGCUGGAGAAAGAAAGGGAGGAGUAUCGUCUUGUCUUGCAAGAGCAGCGGCGGCAGCGGCUUGCUACUGAACUGAGGCGGAAAAAGGAGGAGGAGGAGGAGGAAGAAGAACAAUUGCAGAAGCUGAAGCGCGAGGAAGAGCUAAGGCGAGAGCAGGAAAAAAUCAUGAAACAUCAGGAGCAGCAAAAACGGCAGCGAGAGUUGGACAACGCGGAGAUGGAGGCGAAACAGCGCCAGGAGGCACAGCAGCGACAGGCCAACAAGCGAAUUAAGACGAACGCUAGUGGUUUUGUUUGCAGGGUGUGCGCCGGUAGCUUCGAGACUCGUAACCAGCUGUUUAGCCAUAUCAAAAGGGCUAAGCACUGGGUACCAAUGGGUUGA